AUGAUGGCGCGGGUUAAAGGCGUCAAGAGGCUUAAGGACGAGCCCGGUUUUAAUGGAGCCAUUGAAAACUUGCGUUCUGAGAGAGUGGAUGAGCGAAGCGUCGCUCUUAUCGAUUUGAGAAGAAUCAUCAACUCGAAUCGUGAGAAUGUGGACUUGGUGGAUGCCAAAGAUGAUUCUUAUCACGCAGUCUUAGAGUCUGUCUUCCGAGCCGCCAAGAUUGAAAAAUCCAACUAUGCCAGAGCUGCCAAGUCUACAAAGACUAAAAUUGAAGGUCGAUUAUCCGCUUGUGCAGCCUUGGUCCGAACCGUUGUCGAGGUUGGCCUAAGAAAGUUGCGUUACAAAACAGUCAAGGCUCUUGUGGAACAUAUCAUUCAAACACUACAAACCGCCGAUGGUGGCUACUGUGAGCCUUUGGUCCCCGAUUACUUUAGAGCCCUUGCGACGCUGCUUGAAUACAAGGCUCAUCCAGAACACUUUCUUGGAGAUGAUUGGCACGAAGUAGUUGACUUCUGCGUGCAAGCGGCUCGUGAUUUGAACAAACCCUCCGAGCCAAACGAGUCUGGCUUGUCGGGUGGAAGCAGAUUUCUCAAUGGCUCAAGGUCCAAUCGAAACAGUCAUAGUCGUUCGGCAACGCCAAGCACGAUUGGUGAUCAUGGCCGUAAGUCAAGCAAUAACAUCUCCCAGCGCGCUACCCAUUCCCAACUCAAGGGCAGCGAUGAUCAAAUCGUUCUUUGUCUACAACAUCUUGCUUCAGUGCCAAACGCACCCAUUUCCGACAGAGCAGAUUUGAUUCUUGCAACAUUGGUUGAAAUUCUUCAGUCAUAUCAUAAGGCCAGCUCGACACAGCAAGCUGCUUUCGAAUGCAUCAAUUCAAUAAUGUCUCGUAUUGUUGCCAUUAACCUCGAUCUUUCCUUGCGAACCAUGAAGAGGGUGAUCCCACUGCUGCGACGAUGCUGGGAGCCUAAAGAGGGUGCUGCCACUCUCAACGAUACACUCCUAGCCUUCCUCUCAUACGGAGAGAUCCUGCUGCCCCGUAUGAUAUCCGAAGAUCAGACAGGCGAUUGCAAUGUCACUCUACAGGCACUGGUUGAAGUCUUGCGUAAUGAUUACUGUUUACGCAGACCUAGGGGACAACUACAAAUGGAUGACCUUGUCCUUUUGGAUCCCUGCCGUUCCACAUCGAGGCAAAUGCCUUUGAGGACCAGGACUCUUCAGGUACGGUUGGACGGAUUUAGAGCAGAGUCUCCUUGGUGUCUCAUUUCUAUGAGCGCGGCUAUAACGGUAGCACUCGAAAAUGCUGUGAUCGUUCGUGGGGACUUGUCAGACGGAGAUAAAGUCCAAGACUCCAAAAGACAGAAAUUGGAACAUCCUUUGGAUGACAUUCUCCACCAUGUAAAAGGGUCAUUGUUACCGGAGAAGUUGUAUGGCUUGCAGAUGUUUGUCUUCGUUUGUGACAGCCUACCAUUCGAUGAAGGCACUUUGCAGUGUCAUCUAGACGUGCUAUUGCCAUUGCUAUCCGAAAGUGACGGCUCAAUAGUAUCAUGGGCUAUGUUAGCUAUGACUUCGGCGGCGAGCCAGACUGCUGCUCGCAAACUCAGCCUCAAGGACUAUUGGCUUCGAAUUUGGCGGAUUGCAGCGCGGCUCAUAACAUCUACAAGCACGUGCAGAGCAGCAUGCCAACUGAUGUCACAUAUCCUCGAUCUGGCGCUAAUACAGUACGCUGAUAUCGCUGACAUUGUCGAUGGUAUGACCAAGUCUGUUGAUCUCAACGGCCCAGCGGAGUGUGACGAGUCUGCGACUACCCUCUGGACAAUACUGGUAGUCUUGAAAGGACGAGGGAAUCUUGGCUCCGCGUCUGAGGCAUCUGAAAACAUUCUUCGUUGGUUGUUCCAUCGAUGGAGCCCAGCAAAGAGGCGUGACCGUCGUAAUACACUGUAUAUCGCUCAGCAUUUCUCAACAUUCUGCACUUUGAGACUAAUAUGCAUUUGUCUCGGUCUUCCCACACCCUCCAUGGGCUCUCAGUCAGCUCUCAAUCUGGGCAUGCUAGCCCAAGCAAGCUUAAGAAGCUCAAGAGACAGAAAGCUAAUGAAGUAUAUCCUUUUAGCCGACGACCCACUGCAAUGUGAGGAAAAGGUCUCCAUCUCCAAGUUGCAGACAUCAGACAUUAGGCUCGCAUAUUCGAAAUUUCAGAUACUCGCCACUUCCGUGAUCAACUUCUUCAUUAGUGAGGGCUCAGCGCUUCUGCGAAAUCAGUUUUCCUCUGCUACGGAAUCUGCAUCUGGCACGAAUGUGGAAGUCAUACGCAUCACCACCUCCUUCAGUAUAAUCGGAUACGCGUUGCUCUCCAGCCCAAGACUGCAUGAUGUCCACCAGAGUAAACAACUCCAAGGCAUUCUUCAGGACUUGAAGAUAGGCCUCAAACAAUGCAUGUUUCACCACAACGAUCAUCGAGAAUGUAUCAAAGGUCUAUUAGAGUCAUUUGAUGCAAUUCUUGGACCCAUCGAUCAAUUAGCACUGAGGAAAGACAUACUCAUGGAUGGCGCCAUUGCGAUGUCGCAAGAGUUUGAUCAGAAAUUCUGGCACGAAACUCUGCGUUCUGAUAGUCCAAGUGCUGUAGAUAUCGAACAAAACGCAAUGGAUCUGGACAGUGAAUUUGAAUCUCAUAUAAGCACCAACAGGGAGAGGGAUAACCUUCUGGAUAAUACUCACUACGAAGUCGACGCGUCCACGAAUGUCACUGCAUUUCGAGCGUGUGUUGCUGCUAAGAUAUGUUUCUUAUCCAACAUGAAGGAACCUGAAGAUCCCGGAUCAACUGUUGCAUCUCGAGCUAUCUCGUCCACCAUAGAUUACCUGACUUCUCUGCAGGCCAGAGAUUUUCUUGUGUGUAGGGUCUUUCUCCGAGAACUCCUCGAUUCCGGGAUACGAAUUGCCGAAGACGAUGCAAAUACGCUCUUAGAGUAUCUUGCACAAAUAAUUAUCCACCCAUACGACUUGGAGAGGUCUGAAGUUUCGAUGGGUGUUUGUUUGGACGUCCUGACUGGUUUGGCGGAAAUGUGGAUUAAUGGUGAAGGCAGCGAUCUUGCCGAGGUAGGUGCACAGCUGUACAAAUGGUUCAUCAGCAUUGCCCUCAAGAAGGGCAUCUCAUCACCCCACGUCCAUAUCUGCAUAUCCGACCUCCUUCAAAAAGUCAUCAAGAUCCGGCCCGAGUACGCCAGAAGUCUUUCGUUGGCAUCGGCAAGGACAUGUCUUUUUGAAGUGUUGGCUCAAGGGAAUGUAGCGGUUAAAUUUUACAUCGGCAACAAGAUUGCAGAUAUCUUCGGUCUCUUUGUCCUCAAAGAACACGAAAACAUCCUUGAAGAUGUCAUAGAGAGUCUCCCGACAGACCGUGACUGGAUCGAAGGAAUCGCAUUGCGACUUUUUGUUCUCGCCCACCUGGCAGCUUCUUGGUCAACGCUUCUGCGACGUUGUGUCUAUGCAAUAUUCGAGACGCCAACAGCCGUUCCUGAUUCAGCUGGAUAUGCAAAGAAUUGUAUGAAUCAUAUAACCACAAGUCUCAAGCUACACAAAUUACAAGAUCUGUUCAAGCUGUUUGUAUCCCAAAUCCUCUACACCUGGCUUGAGACGCAACCUCUAAGCUCCAUUCCCUACACUGUAUUUGGAUACGCUACACUCGCAGAACUCCUUCAUGACGUACAAGAUGAAAUCGUGGGGCAUGUUGUUAUGCGAGGCAAAGACGACGAAGCAGCGCAACUUGCUGACGACCUUGGUGUGUCUUUGGAGAAGCUCUUAGAGACAUCGUUCAGCAGAGCCGCGGCUUACAGCAUUGGUCGUGAUUUUGCAAUGCCUACGUCAGCCAGUACUCAGAUUUCAAAAGCUGAGACACAUCUCCGGAACGUUUUGGGAAAAGAGCGAUACAGUUCACUCAUCACCGUACAUUUUGCCAAGAUUCUGGGACUUUUCUACAUCACCAUAGAUCCUGACGCACAGAUAGAAAAGGGGUUUCAGAAACGUCCGGCAUCUGCGACUGCAUAUUCCGCUUACCAAAAAAUUGUUUCGAAAGUUCCCGCAAAUAAAGAGCUACCACCAGGUCAGCAACCUACGUUCAAGGCCCGAUACUUGUUCGACGAGAUCGAAUGUCUCUGCCGUCGUACGAUUUAUGACGCAGAAUCAUUGUGGUCGCCAGAGCUGUACGUCUACGUAUUUCGAGAGCUGUUGAACACAAUACAUCCAGAGUUGGGCUCUCUCAGUGCAUGCGUGGUCUUGCGGAGAAUCAGAAUAAUGAUAUGCAUGGCUGGGACUACUGCUUUAGAAGGCUAUCCACUGGAGAUGACACUUCACUCCUUGAGACCAUUCCUUACGGACGCACAGUGCUCAGAGGACGCCAUUGCAAUUGUCCAAUACCUACUCGAUUGUGGAGCUUCUUACCUAAAAGAGGUCCCUUCUUUCCUCACUGGUCACGCCGUCUCCACACUCACCUCAAUGAAAGCGUUCUUCGAAUCUACACAAGACAGUACGACACAAGAAAGCCAAUUUAAGGCAACCAUGUCGAGAGCACAAGCUUUUCAUGCCAGCUUUGUCGACUUCCUGGAGAGAUACUCGUCACCGCAUCUGACCGAAGAGUCGGCAAAAUGCUUCAGAAAAAUAGUCAAAACCUCCAGCAAUAUUCAGAAUGGCGGUAACGCAAGACUCGGUACUCACGAAAGCGAACUUCUUCUGGAGCUACUCGAGGAUCAGCGCUCUGGAAGAAACCUACUGGAUCAAUCCAGCCAAGAUGCGAUACUCAAAUUCCUGUGCACGCCUUUUGAGGUACCCUCAGACUUCCGCGACGACAUCCUAGGGUCAGAUGAGCAAGCGGCGCGAUAUGCGUCAGUGGUGUGGAAAACUUGUCAACGAGCUAUCUCCUCGCCAAAUUAUCUCCUAUGGGCUGGACGAGUUCUCGGACGUGCGUAUGCCAGUAAAGGUCUAAUUGAUUGGGAGCUAGCUUUCGAAACGAAACUUGGGCCCGAAUCGAGAUUAAACUCGAUACAGGCAAUGUCACCGUCUUCAUGCUCCAGAUCCAAUGUUCUACGGCUUUUGUGCGAUGUUUUGAUGCGCGAGCAGAGUACAAAAGCGGGAAUGGCUGAAACGGCCUUGCGAUCAAUUGUCACCGGGACAUGCAAUACAGACGACUAUCUAGACUGUGAGCGAUUUCUUCCGCACUCUUGGAUACGAAGCCUGCUUUGGAAACAGUACCGUUUGCCGACGAUAGACCUCCGAAAUAGAGAAGGGUCAGACUUGCAAGACAGCAUAGCGUUGAAGGAGCACCAGGAAGGCUCAGAAUGGAUUCAGAAACUUGGUAUAGCCCUUGCAUUUUCGGCUACCGAUGAUCCGUUCUUGUCAGAGCUCACUCAAAUCAUCCAAUGUCUCAAGGAUCUUGCAGAAGAUGCCUUCCCGUACAUCCUGCAUUUGGUGCUGCUCAGAGAGGCUGAUGGUCUUGAGACCACGAAGCGUGUCAUGUCACAGGCAUGUCGACACUUGUUUCAAAUGUGCAUUAGCAACGAGACUGAUGGGACUCUCGUUUAUCGAACAAGAGUCCUCCUCAAGGCAAUCCUGUACUUGAGAACGCAGCCGUUACCCCACGAAACAACGGAAGCUGAUCGGGCUCAAUGGCUUGAUCUUGACUACCAACAAGCAGCUGCCGUGGCUCUCAAAUGCUCCAUGUAUAAGACAGCGCUCCUAUUUUUGGAAAUCGACUUCUCUAUAGCCGCAAAAUCAUCUAGGAGGCGGUCAUCUGCCAUCAAUGUACAAGAGCCAACGGAACUCCUCUUGGAUAUCUUUCAGAAUAUUGAUGAGCAAGACGCAUUUUAUGGAGUACAACAGCCGUCAAGUCUGUCUUCUAUGAUGGCACGACUUGAGUACGAGCAUGCAGGCUUCAAAAGUCUGUCGUUUCGGGGUGCUCAUUACGAUGGCCAAAUUCGUCAUUCAGGUGGAGAGGACCACAUCGACGAAGAGAGUAUGGUAAGGGCUCUUGAUAGUCUCGAUCUCAAUGGACUGUCUCAGUCAGUACUUAGCAAAAUGACCACCACUGGGCCAAACGCUAUAGAUUCUGUGCUCCGUACUGCUCGAAAGCUCGAACAGUGGGAUAUAUCAGUACCGGCAUCACACAGUAGCAGCGCAAGCACAAUAUUCCGAGUCUUUCAAGGCAUUAACAACGCCGUAGACUCUCUGAGUCUGCAGACUUCCCUAAAUACUGGGUUCACGGACUCCAUGAAUCAGCUCAUGGUGGGCGAGGGUGCAAAAUCCUCUUCACACGCCAUCUUGGGCAGCCUGGCGAUAGUGACAGAAGCUGACGAGAUCUUCUCAUCCAAAAGGUCUGAGGAGCUGUACGAAGUGCUAGGGCGCUUUAAAGACCGCGAACUUUGGAUGCACUCUGAGAGUUACGAACAUGUCAAGGCAAUCAUCUCGUGCCGCGAAACUCUGUUCAGUUCACUGAGUAAGAAGCCCAAACUACAAGAGCUGCUGAAAACCUAUCCGCGAGACGCUCGUUCCCUCGAGAGCCAUCUACUCCUUGCAUCUUCUCACAUGAGCCGGGCUCAUGGCGCUAUUCAGAACGCCUUAUCAACUGUGACAUACCUCACCGAGCUAGUCAAGCCGUGCAAAGAAGUCGGUGUCGAUAUCAGCGCUGCCGUACGACUGGCAAGCGCAAAUGUGCUGUGGGAUCAAGGUGAAAUGACAGCUUCGAUUCGGGUGCUGCAAGAUCUUCAAGGGUUGUUAGACUCGCACGUUCAAUUGAUAGAAGUCAGCAAGCCAGAGCUUCUUGCCAAGCUAGGACAUCAGAUGUCAGAAGCCAGGCUAGAGAAGCCAGACGAGAUCAUCACUCGAUAUCUCAGACCCGCGAUUAAGGAGCUUCGCGGGGAGUCCGAGGGAGAUGAAGCCGGCGUGGUAUUUCACGAGUUUGCAUCGUUCUGUGACAAGCAAUUGCAGAAUGCAGACGGAUUGGAAGACUUCCAGCGCAUACAGAAGCUUCGCGAACGCAAAGACGCAGAAGUGGGCGACCUCGAUAAGAUGAUAAAGUCAGCAAGCUCCCAAGCAAAGGAGCGAGACAAUUUGAAGAAUUACCGUGCGAAAGCAAAACAAUGGUUUGACAUAGAUGAUCGAGAAUUCCAACGGCUCCGUGAGAGCCGACAGACUUUCCUCCGUCAAAGCUUGGAAAACUACCUCCUCUGUCUCAAGGCCUGCGAUAAGUACGAAAAUGACGCUCUGCGAUUCUCCGCUCUGUGGCUCGAAAACUACGAGAGCGACAUAGCCAACGAGGCGGUUUCAAGGCAUGUAGGCCAAGUCGGAAGCAGAAAAUUUGCCGCUCUGAUGAACCAGUGGUCCUCACGACUAUUGGAAAAGCCUGGACAAUUCCAAUCGCUGCUCUCCUCAUUAGUGCUCAGAAUUUGUCUCGAUCAUCCGUACCAUGGAAUGUAUCAGAUCUUCACCGGUUUCAAAACCAAAGGCAAGGAUGACGCCGCUGUGAAGAGACACGCGGCUGCAAGUAAUAUUGUGCAGGAACUCAAAGCAAGCAAGAUACAGAAUAGUACCUGGGUUGCUCUGCACAACACCAACCUUGUCUUUGUAAAGUUUGCUAUCGAACGCCUAGACGAUCCGGCGAUCAAACAGGGAUCUAAAGUGCCUCUACGCAGGUUCGCUACUGGACAGAGGAUCGAACAAGACAUACAGAAGUCGAGAGUGCCUCCGCCAACCAUGAAAAUCGAGCUUCGGCCGGACUGUGACUACAGAGACGUUCCGGUAAUUGCAAGAUUCGAGCCCCAAUUUACCGUAGCUUCAGGGAUCAGUAUGCCGAAGAUUAUCACCGCCAUUGGCACGGACGGUUUAAAGUACAAACAAUUAUUCAAGGGCGGCACUGAUGAUCUUCGACAAGACUCCAUAAUGGAGCAAGUCUUCGAUCAAGUCAGCAGCCUCCUGAAAUCCCAAAGAGCCACACGCCAACGUAACCUCGGCAUUCGUACCUACAAAGUCCUCCCUUUGACAGCCACGGCGGGCAUUAUCGAGUUCGUUCCUAACACUAUCCCACUGCACGACUACCUCUUGCCCGCACACCAGCGCCACUUCCCCAAAGACCUCAAGCCCAACAACUGCCGCAAGUUCAUCGCCGACGUGCAGACAAAAUCUGUCGACCAACGCAUCAAGAUUUACCGCAAUGUCUGUGAGCAUUUCCACCCCGUCCUGCGCUACUUCUUCAUGGAACGUUUCGAAAACCCAGACGUCUGGUUCGAAAAACGGCUCGCAUAUACGCGCUCCGUGGCGGCCAGCUCUAUUCUCGGCCACGUACUCGGCCUGGGCGACAGACAUGGCCAGAACAUCUUACUCGACAACGAAACUGGCGAAGUGGUGCACAUCGACCUCGGUAUCGCUUUCGAACAAGGCCGCGUCCUGCACGUCCCCGAAGUCGUACCGUUCCGUUUGACCCGCGAUCUGGUCGAUGGUAUGGGUAUUACCAAAACCGAAGGCGUGUUCCGGCGCUGUUGCGAAUUCACUCUCGAAGCUCUGAGGAACGAAUCAUACAGCAUCAUGACCAUACUGGACGUCUUGCGUUACGAUCCACUCUACCAAUGGUCGCUGUCCCCGCUGCGUCUGAAGAAAAUGCAAGAUGCGCAGACUGAAAAUCCGGCGCUGCCCGGUAAUGAGGGAGUGGGAGGGAAGAAAGACAACGAGCCCGGAGAAGCGGAUAGAGCUUUGACAGUCGUGGCGAAGAAGUUGAGUAAGAGUUUGAGCGUGACUGCUACGGUCAACGAAUUGAUACAGCAGGCAACGGAUGAGAAGAAUUUGGCAGUUUUGUUUGCUGGGUGGGCUGCUUAUGUUUGA